ACAAUAAACAUAUCGGCUUGGCGGUUAAUGUUAAAACGUCAUAUUUAGAAAACAACGAAAAAAAGAGGGGCGGAAAGUGGGAGCCCACAAGUUGACCCACAACGCUCGUGAGUUUGACUGAUCCGCUCAAUGCGCUUUGCUUUGCUUAGCUUAGUUUUGGUUUCUUUGUAAAUCCAUCCCCGUUCAUUCUGUAAACUCAACCAUCCCUUGGAUGAUGCUCAUCCUCACCGUCCAUCUUUCUCCCUUUACUGCUCCAUUCUCUGAUUUCAAAAUGCACCCUUCGCCAAUCCCUAUUUUUUUCUCUUAGUUUUUGUUUUUUUCUUUUAACCAAACUCCCUCUCUAUUAUGUCUGAUUUGGUCGCCCGUACUGGUCGCCAUCAGCAACGUUACGACCAGGGGUGUCGUCUUAUCGCCGGGUGUAUCCCAUUUAGGUAUAGAAAUGCUGAGUGUGGCAAUGAUGAUUCCGAGGAAAUUGUUGAGGUGCUUAUGAUUAACUCAGCUAGUGGACCCGGUCUCUUGUUUCCAAAGGGAGGCUGGGAGAAUGAUGAAACAGUUCAGGAGGCUGCAGAAAGGGAAGCUGUUGAAGAAGCUGGAGUUCGAGGGCGACUAAUGGAAUUUCUUGGGCAUUAUCACUUUCGGAGUAAAACACAAGAAGAUGAAUUUUGCCCAGAAGGUUUAUGUAAAGCUGCAAUGUUUGCUUUGCUGGUGACAGAGGAGCUCAAGUCAUGGCCAGAGCAAAGCACACGGACAAGAAGUUGGCUUACUAUACCUGUAGCCAUUGAGAAUUGCCGGCAUCCAUGGAUGAGAGAAGCUCUCGAGGAUGGGUUCUGCAAGUGGCAUGCGAACAAGAUGAACGAUGCAAAUGGAUGAUGUUGAUAAGAUGGGAAGUGUAAAGGGAUAUCAUCAUGAUCAAAAUUAAUUUGUGAAGUGUGCACAGUAGGUGCAUUAUCACUAGCAUUUAUCUAAACUUUUAGGCAGUCUUCUUUCUUUAAUUGAUUGGUCAUCGGUGACAUAAGAGUUGCAAUGACAUUGUUGUUCAGGAUGAUAAGGUUUCUGUUUUUUGGUUUUUUUUAUUUUUGGUAUGUCUUGGGAUCAUCCUCUUGUUACUAAAAUCUCAGAGGAAAUAACUUAAGAGGGCUAUUUUCAAUUUUUAUCAUAUUUAUUUCUAGCCUUCUAAGUGCUAAGUAAUGUAUAAUUUUCUUACAAAUUUGGCCCAUUUAUGUGCCUCAUUUUCCAUUAUUAACCAUUGAAGAAGUGAAAAUAGGAAUAAAAGGAAAUUUGAUAUAUCA